AUGAGGUUAGCUGCACUGGUGGCGGCGGCAUUGGGCAGCUAUGCCCAAAUUAAGGCUCGGGAUUUGCGCGGCAAGAAGAAAGAGGAGCUGUUGAAACUGCUGGGUGACCUGAAGGUAGAGCUGUCCCGGCUAUGCAUCGCCAAAGUGACAGGCGGAGCUGCGUCCAAGUUGUCCAAGAUCCGAGUUGUUAGCAAAUCCAUUGCCCGUGUUCUCACCAUCGUUAACCAGACUCAGAAAGAAAACCUCAGGAAAUUCUACAAGGGCAAGAAGUACAAGCCCUUGGACCUGCAGCCCAAGAAGACCCGUGCCAUACGCUGUCGGCUCAACAAGCACGAGGAAAGCCUGAAGACCAAGCAGCAGCGGAAGGAGUGGCUAUGCCUUCUGCGCAAGUUCACGGUCAAGGCCUGA